ACAGGACACUGUAUUAAAUGUUAAGCUCUGCCUGUUCUAAAAGUGAAAGACGACAUCAACUGAUAGACUGGCCUGUGGCUAAGACGCACGGCUGGGAAGAGCUCAGUCUGACUCUGCAGCUUCCCGACACAGCAGCAGCAGCAGCAGCUGAUCCUUCUGCCUCGGCGAUGGCAGAAGCUGUCAUAAGACACUGGGUGGAAACUCCUGUUCGCUACCAGGAGCAGUUUGCUGACCGAGAGCUGGAAGCAAACAAACUGAACCACCUUCUCUACGCUCUGCCGGGCCCCGCCACCGCUGCAGCGAGCAGCCGACGGUGUGCCACCGACAGCGCGGCCGGGGCCGCAGAGAGCGGCCAGGAGGAGGGAAACACACACUUUCGGGUCCUGCUGGACGUUGUGCAGUUCCGCCCCGAAGAUGUCAUUAUCCAGACUUUCGAAGGCUGGCUCCUGAUUAAAGCUCAGCACGGACCCAGGAUGGACGAACACGGUUUCAUAUCCAGAAGCUUCACCAGACAAUACAAAUUACCCGAUGGAGUGGAGAACAAGGACUUGUCUGCAUUUUUCUGCCACGAUGGUAUCUUGGUUGUUGAAAUGAAGAACUCAGUGGAAAAGAAUUAGAACCAUUUCUAUAGUUAUCGGUGAGAUAAAAACAUUCUUAAUGUAACAAAAUAAUAUCAGUCAUGCAACGCUGUUGGGUGUAGUAGGCAUGUAGCAGUAUUUGUUACAGUAAAGGAAAUUCUUUGUAUAAAUUUUUCUGUAUGCUGAGUUUACUGCUUGAUGUGGAAUGUUAUACUGCUUGCCUCCAGCUACACUUAGGUUGAAAACCCAGGCUGUUUGAACAGUAGCAAACUUGGGCUCGUCUCAGCAGGAGAAAAAAACAUCUAUUUGAUAACAUAUUGAAAAUAGAGCACAGUUUAAGUAGCAGGAACUGUAUUUUGAAGGAAUAAGUAUUUGUCAUACAUAGUCAUAAACACUGAAGAAAGAAUGGAUUAAGUUGUGAAUAUUAUGGAAAUUUACGUACCAAAAAAUCUGUUCUUCUAAUUUUUGAGAUUAAAUUCUUCUCUCUGGAAAAGCACAUGAAGUGAAAGGUAGCAUCAAGAGAAAAAUCCCUAUUAUCACAGUUCAAGGUUUCAUACCAAAAACUCUCAAGAGAUUACUUUUUAGAAGUGUGUUGCAUGUUUCAAACUAUAAGAAAAAAGAAUUUAUUUGCUUGACUUUAUUUGCUUGGAAACACAAGAAAUAGAAAUUAUACUUUCUGAAAAGUAAUUUGAAAGAAAACCUUUUAAGACAUUUUACAAAAUUUGCUUUGUUUAACACAACAACUGGAGAAAAAUAUUUUGCUUACAAAAGCAGCAAAUUAUUCUUUGUGAAACCUCAGUAAUAAAAAGACAUUGCCUUUGCACAAAUGCCUUUUUUCUUACACAUUUUAGGGACUCUUGUUAUUUAAUCAGAUAAGUAUAUAAUUAUCCAUAAUGCUUGACAAUUUAUGCUGAAAUCCCACAACUCUGUCUUCAAGAGCCAAA